CUUUCAGAAUCGCCGAAUCUUCUAAAAUCUUCAAGAGAUGCUGCCCGCGAGGAUUCUGCUUAUGCUAGUAAUUGUGAUUGCCGUUGGCUUCUGUGCGCGUCCAAAAGAGAAGUGCACAUUUGAGAUAAGAGAAGGCAAAAGGGUGGAGGUCUGCAGAAUUCGUUAUACUAACGGGAAGGUGUGCGAAAUCUUAAAAGUGCAGGAGAGGACCAUGACUUGCAAAGUGGAACGCAUCAAAACUCCUGAUGGUAAAUCCUCUCGACGAACCUAAGUCAAUGUGAAGCAUUGUUGAUCUAAUGGUGUCACAUAAAGUGAAAAUAUCAUUCGAUAAUUGUUUUGAAC